UGGUCUUGAACUCCCGACCUCAGGUGAUCCUCCCAAAGUGCUGGGAUUACAGGUGUGAGCCACCGUGCCCAGCCUUAGAAUACUUUACUUGAAGACAAAAUUCCAUACCAUUAACAAUGUUUGAAAGCCUCCAGGUUAGUCUACUCGGACACAGUGGGAUUCCACAUGGCAGAAGAUUAAGUCUGGCUGGACACAGUGGCUCACGCCUGUAAUCUCAACACUUUAGGAGGCCAAGGUAGGAGGAUCACUUGAGCUCACAAGUUCAAGACCAGCCUGGGCAACAUAGUGAGACUGUGUCUCUACUAAAAAUUUUAAGAGUAGUGGGUGCACACCUGUAGUCCCAGCUACUAGGGAGGCUGAGAUGGGAGGGUCGCUGGAGCCCAGGAGGUGGAGACUGCAGGGACUGUGCCACUACACUCUAUCCUGGGCAAUAGAGCAAGGCCCUGUCUCUCAAAAAAAAAAAGAAAGAAAAGUCUGGGUUGAGCCCUGGCACCUCCCUUCCUACCUUCACUGAUUCUCUGAACUUUCCUCUCUUCGCCUGUAAAGUAGAUUGUAUGAGGACUCCAUGAGGUCACCCACUUAAAGUCCGUGGCAGAGGAUAACUAUCCACAAGGCGAUGACAAUGGCGCAGGGAGGGAUGGCGACUUGCCUGGAGACACACAGCACUGUCUCUCCCAUACUCAGUCAUUCACACCAUCACUGAUUCACCAGGCACCCACUCCGUGUCCAGCAGGACUCCAGGGACCCCAAAUGCACACUACUAUGGAAGCCAACCUGGGUGCCACCGGCCACGGGCCCCGCACGGAGCUUGAUGAUGAAGACUCCUACCCCCAGGGUGGCUGGGACACGGUCUUCCUGGUGGCCCUGCUGCUCCUUGGGCUGCCAGCCAAUGGGCUGAUGGCGUGGCUGGCUGGCUCCCAGGCCCGGCAUGGAGCGGGCACGCGUCUGGCGCUGCUCCUGCUCAGUCUGGCCCUCUCUGACUUCUUGUUCCUGGCAGCAGCGGCCUUCCAGAUCCUGGAGAUCCAGCAUGGGGGGCACUGGCCACUGGGGACAGCCGCCUGCCGCUUCUACUACUUCCUGUGGGGCGUGUCCUACUCCUCCGGCCUCUUCCUGCUGGCUGCCCUCAGCCUGGACCGCUGCCUGCUGGCGCUGUGCCCACAUUGGUACCCUGGGCACCGCCCAGCCCGCCUGCCCCUCUGGGUCUGUGCCGGGGUCUGGGUGCUGGCCACACUCUUCAGCGUGCCCUGGCUGGUCUUCCCUGAGGCCGCCGUCUGGUGGUACGACCUGGUCAUCUGCCUGGACUUCUGGGACAGCGAGGAGCUGUCGCUGCGGAUGCUGGAGGUCCUGGGGGGCUUCCUGCCUUUCCUCCUGCUGCUCGUCUGCCAUGUGCUCACCCAGGCCACAGCCUGUCGCACCUGCCGCCGCCAACAACAGCCCGCAGCCUGCCGGGGCUUCGCCCGUGUGGCCAGGACCAUUCUGUCGGCCUACGUGGUCCUGAGGCUGCCCUACCAGCUGGCCCAGCUGCUCUACCUGGCCUUCCUGUGGGACAUAUACUCCGGCUACUUGCUCUGGGAAGCCCUGGUCUACUCCGACUACCUGAUCCUGCUCAACAGCUGCCUCAGCCCCUUCCUCUGCCUCAUGGCCAGUGCCGACCUCCGGGCCCCCGCUGCCAGUGUGCCCAGUCCCUGUGAUGAAGCCUCCCCAGCCCCAUCCUCACAUCCCACCCCAGGGGCCCCUGAGGACCCAGCCACACCUCCUGUCUCUGAAGGAGAAAGCCCCAGUGGCAGCCCGCCAGAGACGGCCCAGGGCGCAGGCCCCACGUGAAGGUCCAGGAACGCCCAGGCCCACGAGAGCGGUGAGAGAGCAUAGGAGACAGAGGAACCAGCCAGUCAGACAGGUGGGGAGCUGCGGACGGCGUUGUCCUUAAAAACCCUGCCGAGUCCCUGGGGCCUGGAAGGAGGACUUGAGGGAGGGGAAACAAACCAGCCAAAAGUCGCAGGCAGUUCCAUGUCAGCGUCCCCUGCUCCCAGCCACCAGCCUUUUCCAUGGUUGCUCCCAACACACACACAGUUGCCCAACAGCCUCCGAACCACAGCUAAUGGCGUCUUGCAGGGUUCUGUCCCUCAACACCCCAGACCCUGCUGACCACUCUCCCCUGGGCCUCAGUCCUGCAGGACAACAGGGGGCACUUUCCCCGGGCUUGACCUGACCUCCCCUUGGUCCUUCCCUCCCUCUCCUCCUCUGGGCCUGGACAUAAGGAUGUGAAACAAAAAAGUCCCUGCAGAGAAGAGGGCCUCACAGGAGCCACCAGCCCCAAGCAGGAGCCUGAGGCCCUGGUGACCCACAAGCUGGCCUGGCAUGGCCAAGCCUGGUCCACCAGUCCCCUUCCCCCAACAGUCACUGAGGCUGGGGCAGGGCCUCCCUCAGCAAGGCGCCAGAAGAGGCAAGAGCUGCCUAGCCUGGAUUCAAACCCAGCUCUGCCAUGUCCCAGCUGAGCGACUCUGGAGGAGCAACUUCACCUUCCAAGCUCCCGUGUCAUCGGCUAUUGAGAGGAUGAAAUGAGAAAGUGUGUAAGGCACCCACAAGAGCCUGGCGCACGGAGGGGCUUGGCAAACUGGCCUUUCUUCUCCUUCAUCCACAUACAGGGAUGUCCCUUCAGAGGCUGGGGAUGGAUGGAGGAGGCAGCAGGGAGAGCCACCACCUGGCCCAGGCAUCUGGGAUCUUGUGACCAGUCUGGGCUGCAGACACCCAGGUGGCCUAAGAUCAGAGGGCCGCCUCUGUGCUUUGGGGGCCUGCAGAGGACUUCAAAGUCUGACUCUAUUUAAAAGUUCGAUUAGCAUCCGCCUGCUCCCCACCUCCCGUGGAGGGCAGCACUAGAUUCUCUGUGGGGGCUGCAGGUACGGAGGGCCCCGAUCCUGCCUGAAUAGCAGCCUCCCUCUGUCUGAACCCAAGUGCACAGAUGGGAAGUUGUCCAGGCACACACAGCUCAGGGCACCAGUGGUUCUAUAAAGGGCAAAGGCUCCCAGAGGUCACACAGCCUCUCUAGGGCAGAACCAGUUCUUCCCUCUCAAGCUGCUGAUGCUGCAGAAAAAACUAGAAGUGCUGAAGGUCUAUCUUCCAACCCCCACUCCACUUCCCUUUUCCUACCCAUCAUCCUCUCCUGGCACCCACCGCACCUGCGUUCUCCCGAUCCCCAGUGUUCCAGUCAUACCCCCUUAUCCCAUUAGCUCAGUAUCGUGACCUUCAGCAACUGAGAUGCCCUUCCCAGCAGGUAUAAAUGACAAUGAUGUCUGAUGUGCAACCCUUCCCAGAGACACCUGCAUUUUCCAAACACAGCAGACAGUGCAGGCAGCCUAGGGUGAUACAGUCAGGUCUGGGUUCUGGUUACUAACUUCCUCUCAACCCAUUUUCUCCUCUGUAAAAUGGAGUGAUCAUGUUCCCCUUGCA